UUUUAUGGUGGGUGACGACUGUGCUGAGGAAAGACAUUUAAUUGUUAUUGUUAGCAGGCAGCUCAUUAGCAAAUACACAAUCGUACAGAAAAACAUUGAAAACUGUUUUAUGUGCGAAGACGGAGGAGCUCAGGACCGCCGAACGCCUGAAACACACGGGAUCAAGGCAAUAUGAACGAGGCAGAAACAGCCACUAGGAAGCAUUCUAGUUCGCAGGAGUUGCAAACCCCCAAAAAUGAGGAUGCAUAUGAGAUCUCCAUUCCUUUUGAAGAGAACAACUAUGAGCAGCAGGGUGGCUUUUACAACCAUAGUGAACAGAGCUUCGAAGGUAAUGAUCCUCCAGCUCCUGCAAGCUCCUACUUGCUGAUCACAAACCUGCGCACCCAGCUGCAGAUCUCCCUGGAGAAGAACUCAUGGCUGCAGAAACGCAUUGAAGACCUGGAGGAGGAAAGAGACUUUCUGCGCUGUCAACUCGACCGCUUCAUAUUCUCCACCAAGAGUCAGGAGAGCAAUGGUAAUGAUUCUCGCAGUUUUUCGUGGAGGAGGCGACGAGACAAUGAACAUGAUCAGCAAGCAGAGGUUCAGCAUUCAGCCAGCCGUCAGUCAUUCUCUCAGCGGCCUGCCCAGCAGCCCCCAACCAAUACCAAGGUCAUGAGCUCUGGCUCCGGACCAGUCAGUGCUCAGAUGAGUUCCCUGUUUGGCCCCUCCCACUCUCAGCCCCUCCUACAGGGCCAUGGUGGUGGAAGUAGCAGUAGCAGCAGUAAUAACAACAGACCCAUGAAUGACUUGCAAGAGUCCCUCUCACUUUUGGGAGAGGAGGAGGACUUUUUGGAGGACAGCUACUUGGAAGAGGAGGAAAUGAUGUCGGGAGGGGAUGUGAUGACAGAAAACAUAACUCUGCAGAAUAUGGGUGCUUCUGGGAGAUCCAGUGCUGGCCACCCUGCCCUGAAGAGGAGGAGGGUCUUCAGAAUAGCUCGAGGAAGAGAGAGGCAGAGAGUGAAAGAUGCUGCCGGUGUGCUUUUCCGCUAUAAGAAGAUCCUAGUCACAUACCAGCGACUAAAGAACAUGUCCAAGGCCUUCCAGAUCCAUGGUGUGGACCGCAACACAGUGGCAUCCACUACUCCAAUUGCAGAGUUACUCCUGGUGGCACCAGAGAAGCUGGCAGAGGUGGGCGAGUUUGAUCCAUCCAAAGAGAAGCUCUUGGAUUACGCCCGGCGCUGCUAUAUUGCCCUGGACCCUCAAACGCUCAGCAAAGUGCAAGCACUGAAAAAGAACAACCUACUGCUGCCAAUCUCUUAUAGGUUAAAAGGAGCAGAUGGGCGGUAAUUGGAUGAGAACAAGCUACUUCUGUCCUUCUGUAUCAUAGAAUCCCUCACUGUAUUUUAAUGUACCCUAGAUCACAUUUCCACUCUCGCAACCUCUCCGUUCUACUGUUCAGAUCAGGUGUACUCUAAACAAGCCUGCUGUUGCAGCAUACUGUAUUACCUCUGUUCUUCACUGCAAUGCGCACUCACAUAGAGCUGAAAAAAGCUGGGCUUCCUCAAGAAUGCUCACUGGAUGGCCAUUUCGGUAGAGACUGUCUCACUUGUAUUUGUGAGCAUAUUUCAGUCUUUGACAUCAGUCCUGUGUGUAAUGAGCUCUAUGGUGUCACGUGUUGUUUUGAAGUACUGAAGUACUGUAUCAGGGGUUCUUAACUCCAUUCCAGAAGGCCAGUGUGUGUUGUUGUCUGUAAGUAUGUGUUGGUUGUUCAUUUCUCUCAGCACUUAGCUGACUGCUGAACUGUUCUCUCGUAGCCUGAGAGUAAUGUAUGAGGUGUGCUGGGGACCAGUGCAUACACGGUUUGACACUGUGCUAACGUAAGCCAACAUAAGGCACCCAUUUCUUUAGGCCUGUUUGGCCUGACCUCCUCAAGGCUGAAUUAUGGUUGUGUUAGUGCAUGUAACUCCCUGAGUCAUGAUCUGUCUCUUGUUAGACACCACUGACUGUUGAGCAUGAGAAAAGACCAUAGUGGAAAUGCAGUUGGUAACAGGCUUUAUGCGUGAGCAGCCACUAAUGGUACAACUAUAGUAUAGCAUAGUUCAGAUGUGUUUGUUUGUGCGCAGAUCAUAUGACCUUGCUCAGUAUGUGUGUGUGUGUGUGUGUGUGUGUGUGUGUGUGUGUGUAUGGUUGUAGAGCAGACUACUCAUGUCUACUCUGACUUUCCAGAGUUCAGGAGAAAGUCAGAAGUUAGCAGAGUAACAGCACUCGUCACCUCAUAGUCAUUCUCUUCAUCAGACAGUGUAUUUUGCUUGAACCUCUGAUGCCAUCUUGAUGUCCACUACCAUCGAUUACGGGUUGGGGCCGUUGUAGAUUUCCGUUUCGCCUCAGGAACCAAUCAUUUUCUGUAGACGUUCCAAGUACAGUCUAGUUUUAUCUUGUAACUCUGUGAAGAUUGAUGGCUGUAGUGUUUUUUUCUGCAACUUGUUUUUUUAAUCUCCAAGUUUUAUCUGAAAAGUUGAGAAUAGCCAAGAAACCAUUUAUUCAAUGCUGUUUUUGUCAUGCUGAAAGAGAAAAAUAUGUCCUGUUGAUUGUCUUAUUAUAAAUGACACUAAAGCGAUUGAUUUCUUAUUGAA